UCAUGAGUUUUCAGUUUAUAACACACACUGAACGAACGGUCCCUCUCAUCGACCCAAGACAACUGGGCUAUCAAUGAACAAAGGUUGUCGCUGAAACUCUGCCACAAUGAAGGUGAUCAUCGUUGUGUCAGGGCACGAACUGCCGACCGAAAUCACCCGCCAAGAAACCGUCCUAGAAAUCAAGCAGAGACUAGAACAGUUUCUCGGUAUCCCGAUAUCCUCACAAACUCUAGCCGUGUAUGGCUUGGAAUUAGUAGACGGCCUGGACAUGGAUGACUACCCGAUAAUCACCGAAGGCACCAAAAUCCACCUCACCAUUGAAGCCACCGAUUAUCCUCCAUCUAACGGCUAUAGCAAAAUGCAGGUCGUCGUGAAGUUCCCCACAAGGAAAAUCAACGUGCAAGUCGAUCAGACCGAGACGGUCCACAGCCUCAAGGAGAAGAUACACAUCCUGGAGGGCACGCCAAUUCCCAGGAUGUCACUCUUCUUCUCCGGGACAGAAUUAGAGGACGAUUUCCGGUCUCUGACCGAGUACGGUGUUGGGGAGUCCUCGGAAAUAGUGGUCUUCCUUAAGAACAUCAGCAGGCAAAGACAUGAGCCUCCUAGUAGGAGGCUCGGCAUUGUGGUUCAGACUUCGUCGAGCCUGCUCAAUGCAGCCACAAUUCCUUUGGAAAUGAAGGACACCUGCACUGUGGGUGACUUGAGGCAGAUGUUGCUGAGCCGCAAGAUUCUUCCCGCGGAUGACUAUAUCUUCAUACACAAACAGAGGCUAAUGCGCUGCGAUUGCAGCCUGCGCUGGCACGGUGUGGAGAACGGCGAGACGCUCUAUGUAUUCAGAGGCACCGUGACGCGCGGUUCCCUUUGAGCCCCGACAACCAAGGAGUUCCUAUCAUUUAGAGGUCUACAAAAAUCCAAUCAACGGUUGUAUUUAUCUGGCUAGGAGUAUCAAUAGGCAAAAUAAGUUGUUCUUUGUGCAUUGAUGUAGGCAUGCAUACGCGUCGGUUUUCUGUUUUCUUUUACAUGUUAGCAAUGCCCUUCUUUUAAGGGUCAUUCAUAAACUAUUGUUUAAUUACUUCUUUUACAUUUACAUGCAAAUCACUUUUACAGACUAA